UUUGGCGAGCCUUCCCUGGCUGAUCUCUCAACCCGCCACCCAUCCUUGGGUGGCAGCAGGGCCCCAAUGGAAACAUACCUGUAAUCUGAGCCUGUUGAGAUAUGGAAUCAAUUUCUAUGAUGGGAAGUCCUAAGUAUCUGAAUGAAACUUUCUUGCCAAAUGGUGUAAAGGGUAUCAAGGACACCAGUAAGAUGUCAAUAGGGAUAAUUGGAAGUGGGGACUUUGCCAAAUCCCUGACCAUUAGGCUUAUCAGAUGUGGUUAUCAUGUGGUCAUUGGAAGCAGAAACCCCAAGUUUGCUGCUGAGUUCUUUCCACAUGUUGUGGAUGUCACUCAUCAUGAAGAUGCUGUAGCAAAAGCAAACUUAAUUUUCAUUGCCAUACACAGAGAACAUUAUGCUAGUUUGUGGGACCUCAAACAUCUGCUCGUUGGCAAAAUCCUUGUGGAUGUCAGCAAUAAUGUGAGGAUCAACCAAUAUCCAGAAUCCAAUGCAGAAUACUUAGCAUCCCUUUUCCCCGAUUCCCUUGUUGUCAAAGGAUUUAAUGUUAUUUCAGCCUGGGCAUUGCAGUUGGGACCAAAGGAUGCCAGCAGGCAGGUAUACAUAUGCAGUAACAGUGUUCAAGCUCGCCAUCAGGUUAUUGAACUUGCCCGUCAGCUCAACUUCAUUCCCCUUGAUUUGGGUGCUUUAUCUUCUGCAAGGGAGAUUGAAAAUUUACCUCUUCGACUGUUCACACUGUGGAAAGGACCUGUAAUAGUAGCUGUGAGCUUGGCCAUCUUCGUCUUCAUUUAUUCGUUCAUCAGAGAUGUCAUCCAUCCUUAUGUGACAAACCAACAGAGUGAUUUCUACAAGAUUCCUAUUGAGAUUGUGAACAAGACGUUGCCAGUUGUUGCUAUCACUUUAUUGUCUCUCGUGUAUUUAUCAGGACUCUUGGCAGCUGCUUAUCAGCUUUUUUAUGGCACUAAAUACAAACGAUUUCCACCCUGGUUAGACAGUUGGUUGCAGUGCAGAAAACAACUUGGAUUGCUUAGUUUUUUCUUUGCGGCAGUGCAUGUGGUAUAUAGUCUCUGCUUGCCUAUGCGAAGAUCAGAACGGUACUUACUGCUAAAUAUGGCUUAUCAGCAGGUUCAUGCAAAUGUUGAAAAUUCUUGGAAUGAGGAAGAAGUGUGGCGAGUUGAAAUGUAUGUCUCCUUUGGAAUCAUGAGCCUUGGGCUGCUGUCUCUGCUGGCUGUAACCUCUAUUCCUUCAGUAAAUAGGUCGUUAAACUGGAGGGAAUUCAGUUUUAUCCAGUCUACACUUGGAUACGUUGCUCUCCUUAUAAGUACUUUCCAUGUAUUAAUUUACGGAUGGAAAAGAGCCUUUGAAGAAGAAUACUACAGAUUUUACAUGCCACCAAACUUUGUUUUUGCCCUUGUCUUGCCAUGCACAGUAAUUCUGGGUAAGGUCAUUUUGCUUCUGCCAUGUGUAAACAGGAAACUGAGACGUAUAAGAAGAGGAUGGGAAAAAAGGCAAUAUAUGGAAGAUGGAACUGGUUCACAUCCAUCACCAGAAAGGAUUACAGUCAUGUAACUGUACCAUUGGCCCUGUCAGCAUUGUUGUUUGGUUCAUAUCACCUAUGCUGUAGGUUGAAAAGUCUAGGGUAGUUAGUGGUAUGUGGCAAACUAUCAGGAAAUGAGCAGUAAAUGUGCAAGUUGACAUAAAAUUUUAAAUAGGGUGCAAAUUGUUUCAACACAAACUUGCUGCAUUGUGAAGGACAUAUUUUCUUCAUCCACUGAUUCAUUUAUCCACAGUCUGAAAAUAUUAAAAAUAUUAAAAGAAAAAAAAUCAAGAUUUUUUUCACAUUACCAGAACCGGCACUAGGGGGAGCCAAAUACCAUGCUAUGUAUACUUGUUUACAAGCAUAUAUGAUCUCUGGUGCUUUCUAGUGGCCAGUUCUGGUAAUGCAUGUGAAAAUAAAAAAAUCUGUUUUUCCCC